AUGAUGGUAUCAAAUGCAAUGAUCGGUAAGAAUCAGCCAAAAAGGUCCGGACUGGUUCAACAAGAAAUCAAACAAGGCCUUGCUCAAACUCCAUCAAAAGGUGGGACCCAAUACGGAUACAUUUACACCAGCAGUAAUCCGAUUCACACGUCCAAGAUCAAUGUACACCGGCUCCACAGCCACUUAGCAACUCUCUUCACACGCCCAAACCCCAAAACACAGGUCAAAAAUAUCAAAGCCUCAUCACGACCAACCGACUACCGAUCUCUCCCGGUCGUCGUCGUCGUCUCCGGUGAUCUAAAUCGUCAUCCUAUAAUCGGAACACCUCAAAACGGAGAGAUCUCAACGCCGAUAGAGAUCGAGGUUUUUCUGUAA